AUGGAACUCUGCCCCAGGUACGAGGGCUACGGCUACGGCUACGGCUACGGCCCCGAGGGCCCGGGCGGGUUCGGCUACGGCGGCGCCUGGGAGCCGGGCAGCGCCGACAACAACGGCGCCGGCGAGCCGGGAGAGGGGCCCGGCAAACCGCGCGGGGAGCCGGGAACCGGCGCGCACCCGGAGCCGGCCCAGAGCCAGGGCCGCGCCUACGGAGCCGGGAGCGACAGAUACGACCCGUACGAUUCCUACGGCGAUUCCCGCUCGGCGCUGAACGACCGUGACCUGUACCGGGCGGCCUUCGAGUACCCGGGGGAUUAUCCCAACGAUUAUCCCAACGAUUAUCCCAACGAUUAUCCUGAUUAUCCCAAUGAUUAUCCCAACGAUUAUCCCAACGAUUACCCCAACGAUUAUCCUGAUUAUCCCGAUUAUCCCGAUUACCCCAACGAUUACCCCGACUACCCCAACGAGUCCGAGCCCGACGCCAACGACCUGUACGGGCGGCGGCGCCGGCGGGAGCCGCCCUUCCCGGGGCCGCGGUUGCGGGGCUGGGGCCGGGAGCGGCCGUUCCCGGGGCCGCGGGGCGGCUGGGCCGAGCCGCGGGGGCGCCGCCUGCCCUCGCUCUUCGCGCCGCUGCCGCCCGAGCCCUUCCGCGGCCCCGGCGCCUUCCGCGGCCUCAAGCGCCCGCGCCGCGGCUGGCGCGCCUGGGACGCCGACCUCAGGCCGCAGCGGAAGCGGCUCCGCCGGGACUCCGUGGGCCGGAGGCGGCAGCAGCCGAGCGAGGACAGAGCGCCCAGAACCGACGGCUCCGACAACUCCAGCUCGGAGAACGAGGAAGGCACGGAAGGAGAAUCUGGAGAAAAGGAGGAAUCCAGAGGGGAAGGGGAGGAUGAAGAAGGAAGAGAUUCUGAGAAAGGGCUAACAGAGGAGAUGUCCCAGAUUUCCCAGCUGAGGCAGAAGCUCCAGGCCGGGAGGAAAUCCCAGGAUCGGCAGAAGAAGCGGCACCGGGACCGGAUGGUGGAGAGGAUCCAGUUCGUGUGCUCGCUCUGUAAGUUCCGGACGUUCUUUGAGGACGAGAUGCAGCAGCACCUGGAGAGCCGAUUCCACCGGGAGCAUUUCCAGUUCGUGGGCACGCGGCUGCCCCCGCACACAGCCCAGUUCCUGCAGGAGUACGUGGCCAACAAGACGCGGAAGACGGAGGAGCGGCGCCGCGGGAUCCGCGACAUCAACGCCGUGAUCCAGCAGGUCCAGAGGGAGCAGGACCUGACCCAGGAGCUGGGCCUGGAGCACUUUGUGAGGAAGGUGGAGGCCGCUCACUGCUCGGCCUGUGACCUGCUGCUGCCCAUGCACUUCGGCUCCAUCCAGAAACACCUCAAGUCCCUGGACCACAACCACAACCGCCGUGCCAUGAUGGAGCAAUCCAAGAAAUCCUCACUGGUGGUGGCCAGGAGCAUCCUCAACAACAAACUCAUCAGCAAAAAACUGGAAAAGUACCUCAAGGGGGAAAAUCCCUUCACAGAUGAUCCCGAGGAAAAGGAGGAGCACGAGGAAGGGGAAGGAGCAGGGGAGGAAAAUUCUGAAAAUCCUGAGGAAAAUCCCCAAAAUCCUGAGGAAAAUCCCAAGGAAAAUCCCCAAAAUACUGAGGAAAAUCCCCAAAAUCCUGAGGAAAAUCCCCAAAAUCCUGAGGAAAAUCCCCAAAAUACUGAGGAAAAUCCCCAAAAUACUGAGGAAAAUGCUGAGGAAAAUCCUGAGGAAAAUGCUGAGGAAAAUCCCAAAAAUCUUGAGGAAAAUCCUGAGGAAAACCCCGAGGAAAACAAAAAUCCUGAGGAAAUUCCAGCAGCUGAAAGCACCUUCAAGCUGCAGAAGACGCGGCUGCGGGGGGAGGGCUGGGACCCCCGGCGGGUCCCCGACCGACUCUUCGUGCUGGACCCGCAGCGCGGGCGCUACGUGCCCCUGGACGGGGAGAUGUACAGCAGGAUCUGUGCCGGGAAAACCCGGUUCUGA